UUUUAUUGAUAUUUUAAUCCACAUUGUCAGAAAACUUCAACACUGCCCAACAAAAAGAGAGCCAGUGUGAAAAAAAAGGCCUUCGAAAAUCCAAAAAAAAAAAAAAAAAAAAACACACACACACACACACUCACACAGUGAUGUAUACAUAGAUUUCUGGAAAGGUCGAUCUUUUCCUUGUGUGGAUAUUUCUUCCUGGUUUGCAGAGUGAGAAAGCUGCAGGAGAAGAGAGAAAGGGCUUCCUGUUUUUUGUGUGUACUUUAAAACCCCUUUCUUGUACUCUGUAAAUUGCCUACCUUUACUGUUAAAUUAGAUUAUUUAAGCUUGGAUUACUGUAGUGCAAGACUGUGCUUUCUUGCCUCAGCUCUCUUUGUUACUCAUCUGUAUUCAUUUGUUAUAUUCAAUAGCAAGUCAUUCUAUUAUAGAGGUGGUGCAGCUAACUGGAAACUUAGGUAGUAAUGGGGUUUAUGUGCGAUUUUUGUGCGGAGCAGAGAUCUGUAGUAUAUUGCCGGUCCGAUGCUGCUUCACUGUGCUUAUCGUGUGACCGGAAUGUCCAUUCUGCAAAUGCGCUUUCGCGACGUCAUUCUAGGACGCUUGUUUGUGAAAGAUGUAAUUCACAACCAGCAUUUGUUCGAUGUAUCGAGGAGAAGAUAUCCCUUUGUCCAAAUUGUGAUUGGAAGGGGCACGGAGGUUCCUCCUCAGGUUCCACCUCUGGUUCCACCCAUAAGAGGCAAGCCGUAAAUUGUUACUCUGGUUGCCCUUCGGCUGCAGAACUGCAAACAAUCUGGUCAUUCUUCUUGGAGAUUCCUUCUGCAGGUGAUCCUGCACAGGAGGUAGUGAUGGGUUCAAUGAGCAUUAAUGAAUGUCCCGGGGAUGAUAACCACAAGGAGCGUAUUCGUGAUGGAUCAUUAAUCGUCUCAAAUGACAUCAAGUUGCAUUCUGCACAUGAGCCUGCUGGAUCAACUUAUGUUCCUUCGCCAAUGGUGUCUUUUUCUGGAGCAAAAGGACCAACGUUGUGUGAAGAUGAUAGCUUUUAUGAGAGUUUCAACAUGGAUGAAGUUGACUUAAGUAUUGAAAACUACAAUGAGAUUUUUGGAGAUGCUUUUGAUAGCUCAGGAAAGCUUUUUGGAAAUGAUGGUAUUGAUGAUAUUUUUGGGAUGGAGAUAUCUGGUGCUGAUUCUAACGGCCAGGAUGCACACGUUACUGAGGUUUUGUCUCUUCAAUUUUCUGAAGGAUCAACUGGAUGUGCUAAGGGCGUACAGCCUGCAUGCAGCACUGCUGCCUCGGGAGACUCCAUGAUGAGCUGUAAGACAGAACCAACCGUAUGUUUUGCAAGUAGCAGGAGUAGUGCUGUAAUGCGUUAUAAAGAAAAGAAAAAGACACGCAAAUUUGAGAAGAAAGUACGGUAUGCUUCUCGGAAGGCAAGAGCUGAUGUUAGAAAGCGUGUAAAGGGACGCUUCGUCAAGGCUGGUGAUGCAUAUGACUAUGACCCUCUGACUCACACUAGAAGCUGCUGAGAGUAAACUUUUUACCAUAAAAUUAUAAGGAAAGACAUGAACUGCAAUUUGCAAAACAUUGACAUUGCAUGAGAAGGUUGAAAUCCCGUGCACUUUCUCCCUUUGCAAUGACAAGAUUUAUGAUCUUAUCUCAGGAGUUCGAACUGUCUUUGAUUGAUGAAAAUGGGAUGAAGAAGAAAGCCUGAUUCUUUGUUUCAUCAGAAAGGACUCGUAAAAGAAAAAGAAGAAUCAUGACAUGAUUGGACUAUAUUUCACAGAGAUCGGUGUCAGCUGUGGAGGAGACAAGGGUAUGAAUUGGUUUAACUUGUUUGGAGAGGGAACCAGCACUUGCCUCAUCCAGCUAUAACUCGUCGACAAGCCUUCUAUUUCACUGGUUUUCUGUACUCUGUCCCUUCUUUUCUCUGAAGACGGGCCUUGUAUAUGUGCAGUACCACAUAUUUGCCCAACAGGUCAUCCAAAAAGUACUCAAUACCUUCCCUUUCUUGAACCUGAUAAGUUAAGUUUGUGCAUUACAUUACAUAGUCGUCAGGAGGCUGAGUUGGUGCCAAGAUGUGGUAUUAGCAUCAGAUGAGGAUGUUGUAUACAGCCAAGGAUCAAGACAUCUUGUACAUAGUUCACUGGAGCAACUUUUAGCAUGCAAUAACCUUGCCUUUGUUCAUUGUUCGCUGGAGCGACGUCUACAUGUAAUAAUCCCUUGCCUAUACAAGGGCGUGUAGUGUGUAGUUGCGUCAUGUAUAUGAGAUUUUACCUUCAUUUCUCUCAUGACUUGGAUAUCUUCUGUAAAGCAUAAUGCGACUAGUCCCAAUGUAAAAAGCUAGCUUUUUGGAUACUCUCUAACCUUUCAUCUUUAUCCUCUCUCAAACUAACCCUCCUGAGAUUUAUUUAUACUGAUUUUACACA